AUGACUACGCCAACCAUAAUUGGCCGUUCAUUCGGUUACGUCGACCCCAAUUUCCCCGACCCAAACGGCAAAAAUGAUACCAGCAUCAUUAUCUACGGAUACACGCCCUCGAUCGGGCUGGCCGCCUUCGCCGCAGCAUGGUUCUUCGUCCACCUACUUGCGCACACGAUCCAAAACUUCUCAACACGAAGCUGGUGGUGGAUGACAUUUUCCACAGGGCUAAUUUUCGAAAUCAUCGGAUACAUCGCGCGAUCGCUAUCCGCCGAAAAAGACCCCUACAAUCUCAUCUACUUCGUGCUGCAAUACUUCUUCAUCGUCACUGCGCCGGUAUUCCUUGCUGCGGGAAUCUACACGAUUCUUUCGGCGCUGAUCUCGCGACUGGGCAAUGAGUACUCGUUCUUCAAACCGAGGUUUAUUCUGAGCUUCUUCAUUACUUCCGAUGUGGUCUCGACGAUUAUUCAGAUUGCGGGCGCGUGUCUGGUUGGGGUUAUGGAGUCCAAGAGAGAGGAUGCGACGACGGCAAACCAUAUUUUGCUCGCUGGUCUCGCUUACCAGGUGUUUGCUUUGAGCAUUUUUGUUGUGUUGUUGGCGACGUUCUUGUUCCGCGCGAGGAGGGCUAUCAAGGAGCACGGGUAUCGACUCUUUUGCCUUGCUUUGUCUGUGGCUACUGUUAUGCUCUAUCUGAGGACUAUUUUUCGUCUUGCGGAGACGGCGGAAGGCCUGGGAGGAAAGCUGUCGACUAACGAGGUAUUCUUUGCGUGCCUUGAGUUCGCGCCUAUCGCGCUCGCGGUUCUUCUGCUGGGUGUUUAUCAUCCUGGUCGCUGCCUUGGAGCCAAAGUGAGCGUUCGUGGUGAGAAGACGGGUGUGCAUGAUGACUUGCGUAUGGCAACUUGA